AAUCCGCGACCAAAGGUCGCUCGUUGAUGAGGCCUGCCUAAAUGACCGCCGCGAUGUUAACUGCCCUCUUUCGCUGACACACUCCCGAAAGCUACGCGACAUGAAGAGAUCAUCGGAAGCCCUGAACGGCACAGCCGAGGAACUCCAGACUCUCAGAAAUGAAGGUCCUGACGUCAUCAUACUACCGGCGAAGCCUUACGGACCGCAAAAACGCUCCACUAAUGUGGCCAAGAUGCCAGCGCCCCCGGGACCCAAAGACCCAUACCAUUUCGUCAAUUUCACCAUGUUCCUGUUUGGUAUUGGCUCAUUGCUGCCAUGGAACUUCUUCAUCACUGCUGAUGACUACUGGAGGUACAAGUUUCGCGACGUGAACGCGUCGGGCGAGGUGCACACGAAGAGCGACAUGCAAGCAGCUUUCACCAGCUACCUGGCCAUCGCCAGCAAGGCACCCUACAUUCUCUCAUUGGUCCUGAACACCUACCUCAGCCAUCGCAUUCGACCCGCCGUGCGCAUCGGCUGGCCUCUCCUGGGCUGUACACUCUUUUUCGUCGCCACGGCUUCACUAGUCAAGGUGGACACCGAUCAGUACCAGACCGCAUUCAUGGCCGCCACACUUGUCAUCGUGGUACUCAUCAACAUAUUCUGCGGCUUCCUUCAAGGAGGCGGCACAGGUCUGGCUGGUUGCUUUCCCGAAAAGUACAUGGCUUCCAACCUCAAUGGUCAGGCAAUGGGUGGCAUUUUCGCCACCGUAGCGCAGAUCUUCUGCUUGCUCGGGGAUGCAUCGCCCACAACGAGCGCAUUGCUCUACUUCCUGCUCGCCGUGGUGACGCUCAUAUUCACCCAGAUAUGCUUCGCUGUAUUAGUGAAGAUGGACUUCUACCGGUACUACACAUCUACGCAAGCUGUGAGUUACAAAGACUUCGACAAGCUUCAACUGGGAAACGACGUUGUAAAAGCAUCGCCAUGGCAACUCUUCAAAGGGGGAUGGACAUACUUCGUGUCCAUAAUUCUCAUCUUCUGGGUGACGCUGUCGAUAUUUCCGGCCAUAAUGGUCCUCGUUGUGUCCACACGCGCAGACAGCGGAGCUCCUAUCGCAAAUAAGUUCUUCCUUCCCGUCGCUGGCUUCCUGGUGUUCAACGUUGGAGACCUUGUGGGAAGGAUCAUUUCCAGCUACCUUCCGUUGCGGGCGACGUGGAGGAAGACGAUGCUGGUCCUCUGCCUGGGCCGAGUGGUGUUCAUACCGCUGUUCCUGUUCUGCAACGCUUACCCCCGCUACAACUUACCCGUCCUCUUCGAGAGCGACACGGCUUUCAUCGUCCUCAUGGUGCUCUUCUCCGUGUCCAACGGCUACCUCGUCACGCCGGCCCUCACGCACGCCUCCAAGUCCACGUCGACGGAAAACCAGGAAAUGGCGGGCUCUAUGGCAGCUGUCUUCCUGGGACUCGGCCUACUAUUAGGCUCUCUAUCAUCAUACGGCACAGUGAAGCUUCUUUAGGCUUGGCCCACAUAGAAAAAAAAAGACAAUCGGCAAAGUCACGAAGAACACCGUGCCGAUUUCCCACACCAUUCGCUACAUACGUGUCAGCGCAUUGCUGCUAAGAACUGACGUCAAGGCUGUGACCAAUCUGAUCACAUGACCGUACUCCCGCGUAGAUUCAUACGCAGUAUGGGAUGCGAGAAAGCGCGAUGUUUAGUAGUUAAGAUACUUUGUUUUAUGUACAGUACGUUUUAGUGAUUUUAAACCUACGUCUUGUCACCGACCUCGCGUUAUACAACAAACGGAUACAGGGUCAAAGGCGCUCGUGUUCCCUUAUUGAACGAAUCUUCGUCUCAUACGUAGAUGUCUUUAUUUUACCCUUGGAAACACGAAAUGUACUUCAUCCCACCAAACAUGGGGGUAAUAUUAAACAACUCAUUCAAAACCACAAUGCGUUCCGCUUUGCUUGUCAACUUGUAGACCAGCUAUAGUAUAGCAAAGCUCAUUCGACCGUAGUCGUCGGCUCUUCGGAUGCUGUAGGCAGGCUCGUUUCCAUCUCGUAGCACGUUCAGUCACUUUGCUGAAGGCAUAAACCCUUGCUGCCCUAGAUGUGGGGCAGAUGAUUUCACACUCGCUCACGUGCUCUGGCAGUGCCCAGCGUUACGUAGCGCCGAGUACAGCACAGAACAGGACUGGAAGAGGGCCCUUAAUAGCUCUGAGCUCUUAGUCCAGCUCUUGGCAGUCCAGGGAGCCGGCGAACUCGCGGAGGGCCAUGGUCUUCCGUACCGACGUGGGCGUGGCGAAAAACUGCGGCAGACCACCAUUCGGGGCACCGUUACUAUUCGGGAUGUGUCUGAUCUGGUUCGAUACAGGACAAAAUAAAGUUUGCUUCACCUUCA